CCGAAGCUUUUUGUCCUCAUUGAUCGAGGUUUCUGUGAUCAUUUCAUUCAGCAGCCUUGUUUGGGAACGCAUUGUCUUGUCUGUCUUUAAAAGGGCCUUGAAUCGCAAUGACGAACCCUACCAUCCCUCGCUUUCGCGCUCUUCAGGCAGUUCUCGAACCACUCAAUCCAAUAGGCCAGCCGCCUGCUUGACAAGUCAGCAUGACGACGAGAAGUAGCAGUAUCUCCAAUAUGCACCAGCACAAUUACGACACUCCAUCCACCCUCGAGCAAAUGAUUAUCUUGAAAUACGAUGGUCUUUCGUCAUAUCAACGUCCGCGCACUCUGCUCAAUCUUCUCCGGACCAACGCCGUUCCAAGUUCAAUGGAGGUCGGCAUUCUGAAAGGCUCACUAUUCCAUGUCCAAAACGACAUCCGCCGGAUUGUUGCUGACCUCAACCGCUUGUCCUCAGAUGGCGAUGUAGAAAUGUUCGAUCAUGAUGUCUCUCGCCAACUCCACAAUAGACUCGUUCUCCUGGAAGAGAUUGAACGCGACCAUCGUUUGCCAUUACUCCCCAUUCGUCGUAUUCCACCCGAAAUUCUCAUGGAGAUCUUUUUAUGCACUGCUAGCUUCUCUGGCAAUGUGCUCAAUACGAACAGCGCACCUUGGGUCAUUGGGCAGGUGUGCAGCUCGUGGAGAUCCAUCUGCAAUUCUAUGUGUCCUAGCCUAUGGUCAAGCAUAGAUAUUUUUGCCAAUGACCGGUUCAUGCGUAAGAAGGACCCUAGAUCAUUGCUUGGGACGGUGUUAUCUCGCUCGCGUCAGUAUGGGCUGGCAAUUAGAUUGUCGUCGUCUAUUGAACCGACAAUCUGGGAAGAGUUGCUUCCUCACGCCGAGCGUUGGACAAACAUUCAUCUUACCGAUAUUGGUCAACCGGAAAUGGGGUACCUUUCGCAUCUCCGUGGGCGCCUCGAGAGGCUGCAAGAUUGUUAUCUGGAAUUUGCUUGUGAAGGGCUCGAAAUUAUCAAUGUCUUCGAUCACACACUGGCGCUGAAGAAGAUAAAAGUUUAUGGUCUCGAACCCGAUACCCUCUUUCUCAUCGCUUCCACCAACCUGGAGGUUUUUGUAGAUGAUAGGGAUGAGUGGCUGCCAUCCGCGUCACUGGUUCAUUACCAUCUCCUAAAAGUCCUCCAAGAUUCGCCGAACCUGACGUGCUUUUAUGCCCCCUACUGUUCUAGGGUGACUUCCACCGCAGGCAGGGCUGUCUUCCCACGCAUCGUCAAACCCUCGUUAUCAGAAUUGACGGUCUGCGACAACUCUCUUAUUCGCAGUCUCUCGCUCCCACGGCUCGAGGUCGCCGCCCUGUUCAACGAUUACUGUUUGGAUCUCGCAGACUGUCUAUCAGAUUUCCAGGACAUGUUAGUUCAGUCUCAAUGCAACACGCUGACUACGCUGCAAGUCUUUAACAUCCGUCUUCGCCCGGGAAAUCUCGUUCGCAUUUUCAAAUUGAGCCCCGCCCUUGUCUCUUUCUAUUAUCAGACUCAUGAAUGGGAAGCCCAAAAUGAUGAAGCCUUGCAGGGCGUUAUCGGUGGACUGUUUAAUUCACAGGAGUUUGUCCCUCAACUAAAGGAUGUUGUCCUUGAACUGGCGCUUUUCAGUGAGACUGACAUUCAUUGUGCUAACCAUAGGAUGGUAGAAAUGAUCGUGGCGCGGCGGGGUUCCUCUCUGCGAAAGUUUCAUCUUGCCGCAACAGUGCCGGAUAAGGGGUUUUGCGAUUUAGGUGAAGGUGAUAUUGAACGGCUAAGGAAUAUAAAGGCAGAGGGUUUUGAUGUAGCAAUCACGUCUUGCGGCUCCCUCGACGUCGACAAUCGAAAACACAUUUAUGUAUAAUCCAGC